GGCAAAGGGUCCUCAGUAACCCCCGGAGGUGGAGCGGCUGGCCAGAGCGCCCACUGCAGAGUGGAGCGGUCCCAUCGCGGCGCCGUCAUGUUCCGGGUCCCCCUGUGUAUGCUGCUCCCGCUCCUGGCGCUCCUGCAGUUGCUGGGCGCUGCGCACAGUUUCUAUGCGGAGCUGACCUGGAAGUCUCUCACUGGCCACAGUCCUUUCUCAGGAAGUUACUUGCCUCCCAGAGUCUUCCAGCACUGAGCUUUGGGGGACUCCUCAGGCGCUGGGAGAAUGGCGCUCUUCAGGCAGCUGUCCCUGGGCUCCAAGGCUGCCCUGGCUGCAGCCACAGUCUUCGUGUCCAUGAUCCUCUCCCGCUCCUUCCUGGCGGAGGCCCUUGAGCUCCAGGCCUGGCGCUGGCUGUUCCGUCUGCAGCUGGCCCUGUUCGUGAACUCGAUUCUGCUCAUUGGUUCCUCGUACAUCUGGCGGAGUACAGUGAGCAACCUCAGCCAUCCCCCUGCUGUGGAGUCUACCUGUUUCCAGCUUUGGAAGCUGGUUGUCAUGACAUUUCUGGCCCUGGCACAUUCCAGCUUCUUUACCAUGCUCUUCUUGGUGGCUGAGGAACCCUACCUGUUUUCCUUAGCAGCCUACUCCUGCCUGGGCGCCUACAUCAUCAUGGUAUUCUUCCUCUGCAUCUUGAAUGCCAUGGAGCAGGCCUACCAGUUCUUAGCCUGGCGCAGUGGUAGGGUGGUGGGCAGCCCUAACAAGACAAGGCACCUGGUGCUCAGGCCUGCGCUGGCGGUGGCCGUGACGGCUGUGCUCAGUACCAUUGGCCUCCUGAAUGCUGCCCAACCCCCGUUGGUGAAAACCGUGGAGGUGCCCAUCCACCAGCUGCCCCCUUCGAUGAAUAACCUCAAGAUCGCCCUCCUUUCGGACAUUCACUUGGGGCCCACGGUGGGCAGGACCAAGAUGGAGAUGUUUGUGAGGAUGGUGAACAGGCUAGAGCCAGAUAUCACGGUGAUCGUGGGCGACCUCUCCGAUUCAGAAGCCUCUAUCCUGCGGACGGCGGUCGCUCCUUUGGGUCAGCUCCGUUCCCGUCUCGGCAACUACUUCGUCACGGGUAAUCACGAGUACUAUACGUCGGACGUCAGCAACUGGUUCACACUGCUGGAAUCCUUGCACGUCCGGCCCCUACAUAAUGAGAAUGUCAAGAUUUCUUCUGCCUCGGGGGACCCGGACAGUGGAGGGGGAGAGAGAGAAUGGGUCUGUUUGGCAGGUGUGGAUGACAUAGAAGCAGACAUCCUUCACUACUCUGGGCACGGCAUGGACCUUGACAAGGCUCUGGAAGGCUGCAGCCCAGAACAUGCCACCAUCUUACUGGCUCAUCAGCCUCUGGCUGCCAAGAGAGCCCUCCAGGCUCGGCCAGAUAUAAACUUGAUCCUUUCCGGGCACACUCAUGCAGGGCAGAUCUUCCCCUGGAAUGUUGCGGCCUAUCUCCUGAACCCUUUCUUUGCUGGACUUUACCAAGUAGGCAAGGCUACGUUCGUGUACGUUAGCCCGGGUACAGCCUACUAUGGGAUACCCAUGAGGUUGGGGAGCAGGGCAGAAAUCACAGAACUCAUACUGUGGCGGGCUUCGUAAGCCUGCCCGAUGGUCCUGCCUUGCCUUGCCCCGCCCUGGCCUAUGACCUUUGUCCAUCUCCUAUACCAUCCUAACCUUGCCAGCCCCCUUUGGGCACAGCCUGCUGGGGAACAUCGAUUUGCAGUGAGGCUGCCUGGAAAAUUCAGGCUGGCUCAACUCUUUAGAUAAUGAACCACUUUUGACCGUACACCUGGGGGUCCACUCCGCCCCAUAUGCUGGAGUGGGCAUUUGUUUUCCAGCUGCCGUGGAGAUGGGGGUCCUUUUGCAGAGUGUGGGGUGGCGGGGAAGGGCACUUCUUGACCAAACUCAGGGAGGGGCAGGAACACUUGUCUCCUGUGGGUUUAGCUAUGGUUAGGGUGGGCUCUGGAAUCAUUUGAUAGUUGGUUUGGGCAUGGGCCGUGUUGAGAGGCUAGUAUCCCUUUCCUCCAUGUCAAUGAAGGUCACCUUUAUUGAGGACAUCGGCAAACCCCAUUGAAUCAUGGGGCACUUCUUGUCUGCACCUUGAGGGGUCCUGAUUACUGUGCAGAGUAGUUGGACCAGAAUGGCUAGAAAAACGAGUCAUGGGGACUGUGGUAGGGGACGACUGCGGUCCCUUAGGGACUUAGCAGUUCUGAGUCCCUGGUUCUUUGUAGUUUUUGGGUGAGAUAAUUAAGGACAGGCUGCUUCUGUGUUUGGGGGUGAGGAAGGACACUGGAUGUGAUGAGGUAUCUUUAAAACACCACAGUGACAAAUACUUUCCUAGGAGGUGCUCAACGACAGGUUCCAACUCAGUGUGUGAAGGGAGUUCAUUCUGCAGCCCGAUGGUUUGAUGUUUUUAGAGGUUACAGCGGAUGCGGGAUUCUGUGUGCAGAUAAACAAGACCCUAGAGUCUCACGUUCCCCUCAAAGGGCCUUGCUUGUUUGAGGCACUUUGUUUGUUCGAACGAGGCAGGUUCAGUUCACUCACAGCUAGAUGAGGGGGUCCCUCUAAGAGUCUCUCACUGCAGGAGGCCAUCUUUAAUAAUCAUUGAGGUCAGCACCUCCUACCCAUCAGGCCAGGUUUGGGUCUGAGAUUUUGGUGAGAAGCUGAGGUUUCUCGUCUACCCAUAGGAAAGUUGAAGCUGCCCCAGGUCUGACCCAGCUCUGCCCUUGCAGGUUGCCCUAGGCCCUGGAAAGGCAGGGUCUGUCUUACCUGCUUGGGGGAAUUCUAACCCUACCUUGGCCUCUGGUCACAGAAGCUUAGGGUCAUUCGCAGGGCUUCUAGACCCACAAGAAACAAAGCGCUCUCUUGUGCAGUGUCUGUCGUUGGUCUAGUCUUUCUUUGCCAGGGGCAAGAGAGACAUUGCCCUUUGCAGAGCCGAGAGCUAGCUGGGCUUAGGAAGAGGCUCUACUGAGAUGUGUUUAAGAACAUCUGGGAGGCUGAGAGUCCUCUGUCUGGAAUGGGGCUUCCUGCUGCUUGUGAGAGAGGGUUGAGACCUGACAGUGGCAAGUCCUCCUAGAUUCUUAGCUUCCGUCAUCCCAGAAAUGGCCGUACUUCUUGUAUCUACCUCAAGGCUGCUGUGCUGAGAGAACGCUGAGCCCGUACCCACGGUGGGCACACACUGUAAUGUUUGUUAAUCAGUGCACCGAGACCUGCCAGGGAGCAUUGCCAAGCAAAAGUGCCUAGAGAGCCAACCUGGGGGACUGUCGAUGGCUGGCCUGCUGCCCUCCAGCACAGCCCAGAUGUACAUGUGAUACUAAGAGCCACCUUCCUGGCAAGUGUCUCGAGUUUCCUAUGCACACUCUGCUUCCGUAAAUGGAGGAUUCUUCACCUUUUUGUCUUUCUGGUGUGAUGCUGUCUAGUGGGUCCAGGAGGUUACUGACUCAUUCUUGUCUCCCAUCCCAGUAUUGGCAGGGCGCCAUCUGGUCCCCGAAUGAAUGAAUGAAUGAAUGAAUGAAUGAAUGAAGCAAACAUACCUGUAAUUCCCAGCACUCAGUAGAUAGAGACAGGAAAAUUGGGAGUUCAAAGCUCGUAGUGAGUUUGCAACCAUCCUGGGUUACAUGAGAUCCUGUCUUGGGGGGUGAGGGGUGGGGGGGGAGGAGAGAAAGAAAUAGCUUUGCCUAGAUACUGUGAUGGUCUCAUUUCCCACCCACCCCAGAGAGGAUUUCAACGCACUGGGCUAAUCUGUAGUUGGGAUUCUAGGAGAAGCCACAACUCAGCACCUUGUCCCCCGAGACCUCCUCUCGCACCUGCCACCCCUCCAACCUCACGAAGGCCUUUAAUCCAUGUCCUCCAUUUCUGCUGUCAACCCUCUUGGGGUCACGACUGCCCUUUCUGUUCUCCUCAGCUUUGGAUUUCAGCAGACUGAGUCAAUGCCUUCUCAGUCCAAUCCUCUAGGCUACUGGUAGCCUUUGACUCCUGCCAUUCCUAUUCUUCCUCGUUUUCUGGUUCUUUCUCUUCGGGGCAUUAGACCCAUCCUGGUCUCGUUUUUGAUACGGUCGUCUUGUGACCUGUGUGCACAUCUGCUGUUCUGGCUUUCGGGUGUUUUGUUUUUUGGUUUUUGUUUUUGUUUUGUUUUGUUUUGAAGCAAGGUCUUGCUUUGUACACCAGAUGGCCUUCAACUUGCAGUUAUCCUCCUGCCUCUGCCUCCCAAGAGCUGGAUGCCAGCAUGCGUCACCACAGCUGGCUCCUUUCGUCCUCUCUGAACUCUGCUUUGCCAAAUGCUUUUCUAUUAGCAGACCGGGGUUGGGUUGCCACUUGGUUGAGAGAGAACUUGCCUUGCAAGUGUGAGGCUCUGGGUUCGAUCUGGGGACGUCAGAGAAAGGAAAAAACAGUGGUGAGGGACAGUCGGGUGGCUCAGCAGGCCGCCUCACAAGCCUCCCUUCAGCUCCAUCUCUGAAACCCAUGGUGGAAGGAGAGAACUCCACAGAGCUGUUCUCCGACCUCCCCCCAUGGAUUCCGUGCCACACCUCUGCACAGCGCAUAAUGCUUAUAUAAAUAAAAUUGUCUAACGAGAUGGUACUGCCUGUUCUUCUGAAGGUCUUCUAUCCUAAUAAAGGAAAGAGCGAUGCCG